GGGAUGAAUAAAUCCGGAUCUCGGUCGGCUUGCUCGCUUCCCCCUGAGCCGGUGGAGAUUCUCCGAAGCAAGGCGUGUUCCCGCCGUGUGAGGCUCAAUGUCGGUGGUCUUGUGCACGAGGCUCUAUGGAGAACGCUGGACAGGUUACCCCGAACCAGAUUGGGUAAACUGCGAGACUGCAAUACUCAUGAUUCCAUAAUGGAGAUAUGCGACGAUUACAAUUUGGAGCAGAACGAAUACUUCUUUGACAGACACCCGGGGGCAUUCACUUCAAUUCUCAAUUUUUACCGCACCGGAAAGUUACACAUGAUGGAGGAAAUGUGUGCUUUGUCUUUCAGUCAAGAACUGGACUUCUGGGGAAUCGACGAGAUUUACCUGGAGUCCUGUUGCCAAGCUCGCUAUCAUCAGAAAAAAGAACAAAUGAACGAGGAGCUUAAACGCGAAGCCGAGACUUUGAGGGACAGAGAAGGAGAGGAAUUUGACGCCUCGUGUUGUACGGAGAAGCGAAGGAAACUUUGGGAUCUCCUGGAGAAGCCAAGUUCAUCACUUGCAGCGAAAGUCCUGGCCAUCAUCUCCAUCCUGUUCAUUGUGCUGUCGACCAUUGCCUUGUCCCUGAACACACUUCCGGAGCUGCAGGACACAGACGAGUUUGGGCAGAGUGCAGACAACCCCCAGCUAGCCCAUGUGGAGGCAGUGUGCAUCGCCUGGUUCACCAUGGAGUACCUGCUGCGCUUCCUCUCCUCGCCCAACAAGUGGAAGUUCUUCAAGGGCCCCCUGAACGUCAUCGACCUGCUGGCCAUCUUGCCCUACUACGUCACCAUCUUCCUGACCGAAUCCAACAAGAGCGUGCUGCAGUUCCAGAACGUGCGGCGGGUGGUGCAGAUCUUCCGCAUCAUGAGGAUACUCAGGAUUCUCAAGCUCGCUCGCCACUCCACGGGCCUGCAGUCCCUGGGGUUCACCCUGCGGCGGAGCUACAACGAGCUGGGGCUCCUCAUCCUCUUCCUAGCCAUGGGCAUCAUGAUCUUCUCCAGCCUAGUCUUCUUUGCUGAGAAGGACGAGGAUGGCACCAAGUUCAAGAGCAUCCCAGCCUCUUUUUGGUGGGCCACUAUUACCAUGACCACAGUGGGCUACGGGGACAUCUACCCAAAGACCCUUCUGGGGAAGAUUGUGGGGGGACUGUGCUGUAUUGCCGGGGUACUGGUGAUCGCCCUGCCCAUCCCCAUCAUUGUCAACAACUUCUCUGAAUUCUACAAGGAGCAGAAGAGACAGGAGAAAGCCAUCAAGCGAAGGGAGGCCUUGGAAAGGGCCAAAAGGAAUGGCAGCAUCGUGUCCAUGAACAUAAAGGAUGCAUUUGUCCGCAGCGUGGAGCUCAUGGACGUGGUGGUGGCAAAAAGCGGUGAAAACACUGAGAGUGCGGGGAAGGUUCAGGACAACCACCUGUCCCCCUCCCGUUGGAAGUGGGCGGCAAAGCAGGUGGCCUUGGAGGCCAGCACUAUAGAUGCAAAGGAGCCAGUCUCACCAAGCAAGGCCCAGCUCUCGAGCCCGCAGCAACUCAAUGUGCAAACACUGGAGGAGAUUUACAAUAAGAUGUCCAAGUCUCAGUCCCAUCCAAACCUCAACAGCAAAGACCCCUCCAAGGCAACAAACAAGAUGGAAGAGAUAGAGAUGGACAGCAUGCCGGGGCCUACAGGCCCACUGCUAGCCACACCCGGGGGCGUAACAGACAUGAGGAGCAUGUCCAGUUUAGACAGCUUCAUCAGCUGUGCCACAGACUUCCCCGAAAGCACCCGCUACACACACAGCCCGGCCACCAGCCACCCUGGGCGGGUCAGUACCAGUCCCGCACUGGAGACCACCCUGGAGCAUGAGCCCAUGUUGACUGCAUGUGAUACUUCAAAGCAAGGCUCCACCUUGGAGACUGGCAACAAGCCUGGGGGCUCCUCACGAUUCAGCAACCUGCUGAAGUCGCGCGCCUUUAAGGCUAAGCUCCGGGGAGUGGCAGCCAGCCAGUCCUCCUCUGGGCAAGGGGGAGGAAACAUCGGUCUCUCUGACAUCGCCGCCUUCUCUGACCACUCCCUCCUGAGCCCAGAGGCAUCUGUCUACACCACGGCCAGCAGCAGGACCCCGCCCAGAUCCCCGGAGAGACUGACACCUGCCAUCUUCACCUUCCACGAUGCAUCGAUCAGCAAGUAUAUUGACGCUGACACAGACGAUGAAGAGCAUCUGCAUGAUGGUGCUGACACCAGCCCUUCCAAGCGUCUUCUUAGAAACACCAGCCCCAAGUUCAGUGUCAACGCCGGCCAUCAGCGGGGUGCAAACCACCUGGAGGUGGCCCAGAAGAUGCUGGGUCAGAACUGCAUGUUUCCACUGGACGCCCGGCCAGGUGGUGGGCAGGAGAACCACAUGAGCCAGGGUGAGAGAAAUCCAUCCAGCCGCUACCGGGACAGAAUCUGA